GAGGCCGUCGACGGGAAGCCGCGCUCGUUUGCUCUCAGCGGGCAGGGCCGGGCGGCGUGGAGCGACCAUGUGCGGAAUUUUUGCUUAUCUGAACUACAGAGUACCUCGGACUCGGAAGGAAAUAUUUGAGACCCUGAUAAAAGGAUUGCAGAGACUGGAAUACAGAGGAUAUGACUCUGCAGGUGUGGCAAUUGAUGGCAAUAAUAAUGAAGAUAAAGCAAGGUUCAUCAAACUAGUUAAGAAAAGAGGAAAAGUAAAGGCCCUAGAAGAAGAAUUGUACAAACAAGACAGCUUGGAUUCAAAAGCGGCUUUUGAAACACACUUUGGGAUUGCUCAUACUCGCUGGGCAACUCAUGGAGCACCCAGUGCAAUAAACAGUCACCCUCAGAGAUCAGAUAAAAAGAAUGAGUUUGUUGUAAUCCAUAAUGGAAUCAUCACAAAUUAUAAGGAUCUGAGAAAAUUCCUGGAGAGCAAAGGCUACGAAUUUGAGUCUGAAACGGAUACAGAAACAAUUGCCAAAUUGAUCAAAUACGUGUAUGACAACAGAGAGAGUGAGGAGACCAGUUUCUCAGUCUUGGUAGAAAGAGUUAUUCAACAAUUGGAAGGUGCUUUUGCAUUGGUUUUCAAGAGCAUCCAUUACCCAGGUGAAGCUGUUGCUACUAGGAGAGGAAGCCCUCUGCUUAUUGGUGUUAGAAGCAAGUACAAGCUUUCCACUGAUCAGAUUCCUGUUUUAUAUAGGACAUGCAACAUUGAGAACGUAAAGAAUAUAUGUAAUUCCAGAAUGAAAAGACUUGACAGCUCUACCUGCCUGCAUGCCAUUGGGGAUAAGGCAGUAGAAUUUUUCUUUGCUUCAGAUGCAAGUGCGGUCAUUGAACACACCAACAGAGUAAUUUUCUUAGAAGAUGAUGACAUUGCAGCAGUGACUGAUGGGAAGCUUUCAAUUCAUCGUCUCGAACGUUCAGCUAGUGAUGAUCCUUCCCGGGCCAUCCAGACCUUGCAGAUGGAAUUGCAGCAAAUAAUGAAAGGUAACUUCAGUGCAUUCAUGCAAAAGGAAAUUUUUGAGCAACCAGAAUCAGUGGUCAAUACUAUGAGAGGCAGAGUGAAUUUUGUGAACAGCACAGUUCUGCUUGGUGGUCUGAAAGAUCAUUUGAAAGAAAUCAGAAGAUGCAGAAGACUGAUCAUUAUUGGCUGUGGGACCAGUUUUCAUGCUGCAGUAGCUACUCGACAAGUACUGGAAGAACUAACAGAGUUACCUGUGAUGGUGGAACUUGCUAGUGACUUCCUGGAUAGAAACACACCUGUAUUCAGAGAUGACGUGUGCUUUUUUAUAAGUCAGUCAGGUGAAACUGCAGAUACACUUAUGGCCCUGAGGUAUUGUAAAGAACGCCGUGCUCUAACAGUUGGCAUCACAAACACAGUUGGAAGCUCAAUAUCCAGGGAGACCGACUGUGGAGUACAUAUCAAUGCAGGCCCUGAGAUAGGUGUGGCAAGCACAAAGGCUUAUACCAGCCAGUUUGUGUCUCUUGUAAUGUUUGGCUUAAUGAUGUCUGAAGACAGAAUUUCCUUGCAAAAAAGGAGGCAAGAAAUCAUUCGUGGACUGCAGUCUCUACCAGAGAUGAUUAAGGAAGUCUUGUCUCUGGAUGAGAAGAUACACGACUUGGCUCUUGAGCUGUACAAGCAGAGAUCGCUGCUGGUUAUGGGUCGUGGAUAUAAUUAUGCCACUUGUCUAGAAGGAGCUCUGAAAAUCAAAGAAAUCACCUAUAUGCACUCUGAAGGCAUCCUAGCUGGUGAGCUGAAACAUGGGCCACUAGCGCUAAUAGAUAAACAGAUGCCUGUUAUCAUGGUGAUAAUGAAGGAUCCUUGCUUCACCAAGUGCCAGAAUGCUCUGCAGCAGAUCACUGCUCGACAGGGUCGCCCAAUCAUCCUGUGUUCUAAGGAGGACACAGAAAGCUCCAAGUUUGCCUACAAAACAAUUGAGCUGCCUCACACUGUUGACUGCCUUCAAGGAAUCCUGAGUGUUAUUCCUCUCCAACUGCUUUCCUUCCACCUGGCUGUUCUCAGAGGCUAUGAUGUGGAUUUUCCAAGAAAUCUGGCCAAAUCUGUUACCGUAGAAUAACAGCCAAGAACACUGCUUCUGUCACCAGACCUCUAAGUUAUGCCUUUAUAAAUGUGUCUUUCUGAAUUGAUAGGUACACAUUUUUCUAAGAGGAGGAUAGUGCUAACUGGAAAGUUUCAGAAGCCUUUGUCUUUUAAUGCAGCUUUGAAAGCUUUUGAUGUGCCUUGUACCCAAGUGCUUUUGCUCACAGCAAUUUUUUUCCAAGUUCAGAAAUUGCCAAAGGAGAAGAUAAAAAUCAUUGUUUACAUACAGUAUAUUAAAUGGACUCUUCUACUGUGCAAUAUAUAUAUAGCUCUCAUCAGAGCAACUGUGAACGUUUUUAGCCUACACUACUUAAUUAGUUUUAAAGACAUAGUAUUUAUAAGUACAAUUGUAUAGCUUUUUUAAGUUAUUUUUGUAUGUAUGUUGCUUCUCUGUAGCAUUGAUUAUUGCUCAGAAUGUAAAUAUCUGAGCAAUAUGUUGACACUUGAGUGUGGUUGUUAGUAUUUCUACUUUAGCCUCAACCUGGAAAUCUGUUAUCCUUCUCCCUCCUCAGCUUGCCCUCCCACUUUGCAUCUGUGUUGUAUUGAACCAGUCUGUUCCAAACCACCUCUGUGGCUGUAAAUUCCCAGCUCUGUUUUCACUUCCUGCUUCUUUCAAUGAAUUAUUUGAAAAGCCAGAGCACCAUCUUGCUUUGUAUGCUG